AUGGUUUUACAAAAUUCUGGAAAAUAUAGACCUGAAAGAUCAGAGAAGCCUGAUACUGUAACAAAACCAGAAACUACCAACAGGGAAGAGAGUUCUGAAUUUAGGUUGCGGCUAGUCAGAGAAAACGAGAAUAUAGAUAUCAAAUAUGGGUUUGAGAGAAUAAAAAAUAACCAGGAAAGAACCGGAUUUUUGUUAAAUAUGCAUGCUACAGAAAUAUUAGAUGAAGAUAAAAGAUUAUGUGCUGCUGUGGAUUAUUAUUUUAUGGAAGAAGAUGGUACUCGAUUUAAAGUUUCUUAUCCCUUUAUGCCAUACUUUUAUGUUCUUACAAAACGAGAACUAAUUCAAGAGGUUACAGAAUUUUUGAUCAAGAAAUUUUCUGGUGUAAUAGGAAAAAUAGAAACUGUGACUAAAGAAGACUUAGAUUUGCCAAAUCAUUUGAUUGGUUUAAAGCAAAAAUAUAUCAAAUUGUCUUUUGCUAAUCAGACAGACUUAAUUAAAGUAAGAAAGGAGAUAUUGAAAGUUGUACGUAAAAAUAGAGAAAAAGAAAAUAAAAACUCGUAUUAUACCGAAAUGUUGGCCAAUGCAUUGGCUAAUGAUAUAGAGGAUUCUGUCAUUUCAAAUAAAGGAAACAGUGAUCAAAUGGAAAAUAUAAUGGAUAUUAGAGAAUACGAUGUUCCGUAUCAUGUGAGGGUUUCAAUAGACUUGAAGAUUUUCUGUGGAUCUUGGUACACUGUAAAAAGUACAGGAGCAAACAGGUCACCUAUUAUAACUCUUCGAAAUGAUCUGAUAGAACGACCAGAGCCCAUAGUUUUAGCGUUUGACAUAGAAACUACAAAGUUACCUUUAAAAUUUCCUGACGCAGCGACAGAUCAAAUUAUGAUGAUAUCGUAUAUGAUAGAUGGGCAAGGUUAUUUGAUAACAAACCGAGAGAUUUUGUCAUCUGAUAUCGAUGAUUUCGAAUAUACGCCUAAGCCCGAAUUCGAGGGAAAAUUUACAAUUUUCAAUGAACCGAACGAAAUGGCGUUAUUACAGAGAUUUUUUGACCAUAUAAUGGAAGUUCGUCCUCACAUUUUUGUCACGUACAAUGGCGACUUCUUCGAUUGGCCUUUCGUGGAGACCAGAGCGGCAUCUUACGAUAUGGACAUGAAGCAAGAAAUAGGCUUUUCCCGGAGCAAAGACGGAGUUUACUCUUGUAGACCUGCCAUGCACAUGGAUUGUUUGUGUUGGGUAAAGAGGGAUUCGUAUUUACCUGUCGGUUCGCAUAAUUUGAAAGCUGUCGCUAAAGCCAAAUUAAGAUACGACCCGGUAGAAUUGGAUCCGGAAGAAAUGUGCCCGUUAGCUGCAUCUCAACCGCAAGUUUUAUCUAAUUAUUCAGUUUCCGAUGCAGUAGCUACUUAUUACUUGUACAUGCAAUAUGUGCAUCCUUUUAUUUUCGCUUUGUGUACAAUCAUUCCUUGUGAGCCGGACGAAGUAUUAAGAAAGGGUUCGGGAACACUUUGUGAAUCCUUACUGAUGGUGGAAGCGUUUCACGCCAACAUAAUUUUUCCUAACAAGGAAGAAACGGUGUUAAAUAAACUUACUCACGACGGACACGUUCUGCAGCAGGAAACAUAUGUAGGGGGCCACGUUGAAGCGUUAGAGUCUGGGGUCUUCCGAGCCGACAUUCCUUGUCGCUUCAGAAUUGCGGUGGAGGCUGUAGACGUUCUCAUCGAACAAAUUCCUAAAGCUUUGGAGCACGCCAUCGUUGUUGAAGAGGGUGUUCCUUUGGAUUGUGUGACAAAUUUGCAGGAAGUAGCUGAGGAAAUUAAACAGAAGUUAACGGCUCUAAAGGAACAGCCACUGAGAUUAGAGAGACCUCUUAUUUAUCAUCUGGAUGUAGGAGCUAUGUACCCAAAUUUAAUCCUGACAAAUCGGCUGCAACCGUGCGCAAUGGUAGACGAAACGAUUUGUGCGGCUUGCGAUUUUAACAGACCUGGGGCUUUGUGCCAAAGAAGCAUGCCUUGGAUGAUGAGAGAGGAGUACAUGCCUGCUAGUCGAAACGAGUAUCAGAGGAUACAGCAACAACUUGAGACAGAAAAGUUUCCCCCGUUAUAUCCGGGGGGUCCUCCAAGAGCCUUCCACCAGUUGUCUCGGCAAGAACAAGCGGAUUUAGAAAAGAAGAGAUUGUCGAUUUACUGUAGAAAGGUGUAUAAGAAAUUAAAGAUUACCAGAGUUGAAGAGCGUAAUACAACAAUCUGUCAAAGGGAGAACUCUUUUUAUGUCGACACAGUUAGGGCUUUCAGAGAUAGAAGGUAUGAGUAUAAGGGAAUGUCCAAGAAAGCCAAGCAAGCCGUCACCGAUGCUAUUAAAGGUGGCGACGCGUCCGAAAUAAAGUCUGCCAAAAACCGAGAGGUUUUAUAUGAUUCCCUGCAACUAGCCCAUAAGUGUAUCUUGAACUCUUUCUACGGUUACGUUAUGCGAAGAGGAGCGCGAUGGCAUAGCAUGGAGAUGGCUGGAAUCGUGUGCUUCACAGGUGCGAAUAUAAUCAUGAAGGCGCGAGAGAUAAUAGAACAGAUUGGGCGUCCCCUAGAACUGGACACCGACGGGAUUUGGUGCAUUUUACCCGCCUCGUUUCCAGAAAACUUCACGGUACUAGCAAAUCACAAGAAGAAGAAGUUUAAUAUUUCCUAUCCCAACACCAUACUCAACGCUAUGGUUAAAGAACAUUUCACGAACGAUCAGUAUCAUGAACUUGUGAAUCCGGAAAAGUUAGAAUAUAGAGUUAAAAACGAGAAUUCUAUAUUUUUUGAAGUGGAUGGCCCUUAUAAAGCCAUGGUUCUGCCUGCCAGUAAAGAAGAAGGUAAAAAAUUGAAAAAAAGAUAUGCGGUGUUUAAUUUCGAUGGCUCUCUAGCUGAAUUAAAAGGAUUCGAGGUAAAACGAAGAGGAGAGCUGCAAUUAAUAAAAAAUUUCCAAUCGUCCGUCUUCGAAUCGUUUUUAAAAGGCGAUACUCUGGAAACCUGUUACGCAGCCGUCGCUCAAGUUGCGGAUUACUGGCUCGACGUACUUUAUUCACACGGUCGCAACAUGCCAGAUUCCGAAUUGUUCGAUCUUAUUUCCGAAAACAGAUCGAUGUCGAAGAAAUUAGAAGAGUACGGUGCUCAGAAGAGCACCUCCAUCAGUACCGCUAAGCGGCUCGCUGAAUUUCUGGGCGAUCAGAUGGUUAAGGACGCCGGAUUGGCUUGUAAAUAUGUCAUUUCCAGGAAGCCGGAAGGAGCACCAGUAACUGAGAGAGCCAUUCCGUUAGCAAUUUUCCAAGCCGAAGAAACCAUUCAAAGGCACUACCUGAGGAAGUGGUUAAAAGAUUCUUCCAUUUCCGAAGUUGAAAUCAGGGAUAUUUUAGACUGGAGUUAUUAUAUAGAACGCUUAGGCGGAGCUAUACAAAAAAUAAUUACUAUACCAGCUGCUAUGCAAGGGGUUCCCAAUCCAGUACCUAGAGUGAGACAUCCGGAUUGGUUACAUAAAAAAAUAUUGGAGAAAAAUGAUAAUUUUAAACAAAGACGUAUAACUGAUAUGUUUUCCAAAAAAGUUAAUACUGAUCCGUCAACUGAAAUAAAUCAAGUCAGUAGCAGCAUAAAGGAUAUAGAAGAUAUUUCCAAUAACAAACCUUCUUCGUCACAUAAGGUGCCCGUAGUUACUGUUAAUAAACGAAAACGACGUAAAGAUUCGGAAGCUGAGUUUUCUGAGGAAGAACUGAAUAAAUAUUGGAAGGAAGUUCUUGGAAAUCCACCAUCGUAUGGAACAACAGAGGAGGAGCAUCUUGCUUGGAUUAAAUUCCAGAAGAAGAAGUGGAGGUUUCAGCUAUUACAAAGGAACGUCGGCCAUCCAAAUAAAAAGAAAAAGGGUGUUUCUCUAAGCGGACCAGUAACGAUAGGCGGUUUUAUUCAGAGAGCUCAAAGAACUCUCCUAAACACUCCCUGGCAAGUCCUACAAGUCGCAGCCACUGGGACUCCGGGAGAAUUUCGAGUUUGGGCACUGGUACAGUCAGAGUUACAUUUGGUAAAAUUAAUAGUUCCCAGAAUGUUCUAUGCCAAUCUACGGACUCCUAAAGUUGCGGAGGAAGGGGCGUUAUUUAAAAAGUGCAACCGAAUGUUGCCUAGGUCUAGGCCUGUGCAUAAUUUGUAUUUGUAUUCGGUUCCAGAGGAAGUGUUUCAAGAGUAUGGAAAAAAGGUCUACCUCGAUCAAACGGAUUCCAACGUGGAAGGAGUCUACGAGACACAAGUAACGCCACUAUUUAGAGCCCUAUUGCAUAUCGGUUGUGUAUGUAAAGCGCUACCGAGGGUGCAAAAUCCAGAUAGGUUUAUGCUGGACGAAUUGGAUAUGAUUAGUGUGGGUCGGCAGCCGUAUUUGCCGAAAGAUUCACUGAGGCACCUUUAUUUCUACCACCACAAACAUCCCUCAAAGUCGCAGCAUAUGUUCGCUUUGUUUUUAAAUCCACUUAAAAAAGCCCACAUAAUAGUCGUCGAUACGGUAAGAACCAAUUUGAUGCCUAAUAUGGUUGGUUUGUACCAAGCGGAGAGGAUGGCGAAGAAAGAGAAGAAUCCUGACGAUGACCUUUUACCACCAGAAGAAAUAAGUUUCGAGGUGCGUGUCGAGACAGAUAUUGCUCAGGUUUAUAAAAUAUUUCAAAAGUUACUUCAAACGUAUAAGGAUGACAAAAAAGGUCCUACUCUAUUGGCUAUACAGUCGACAAUGGCCUUACCUAACUUACAAGUUCACAUAUCGCAUUUCACCGAUUUCCCGCAAGUUCAAAUACACGUUCAGGACCCCGAGGAGCUGUACAACGUAAUCGAUUGGCAAAAAGUCGGCGCUCGGGCGAUAGUCCGACAUUAUUUAAAUAGUGAAAGGAUGUUGGAAUAUAUGACGGAACAAUGCAGAUAUUUCCACGUACCAUUAGGAAAUAUGCCAGACGAUCCGGCAAUUUUUGGUGCGGAUCUUUUCUUCGCGAGACAUCUCGAGAAACAUAACCACGUUCUUUGGUGUUCUCCGACGGAUAAACCGGACUUUGGUGGAAGUCAGGAGAAUGACGCUAGGUUACUUGCCGAAAAUCAGGAAGGUUCGUCGGAAGUAUGCAACACCCAAGGAUGGUACUCUUCCGUUUGCGUCGAGUUAGACAUUGACAGUUUAGCAAUAAACACCUUGCUUCAGUCGCAUCACGUCACUGAUAUAGAAGGGACAAGUAACGCUACCGCUUUUGAUGCCGCUGGAACAACGUCCAUUGACGAUAUGAUGGCAGGGAACCAGACUCUAACGAUUUACGAUGAAACUGCUAGGUGCGCGGAGGCCUUCAAAAUCUUGAGGACGAUGGCUAGUGGGUGGAUGAGGGAUAUAUCAGUGUACAGAAAUGUUUUUGCCGAUUUUCAGGUUAUACAUUUUUACAGGUGGUUAAGGUCACCGAAAUCUCUGCUAUACGAUCCAGCCCUUCUAAGGACGUUGCAAAACUUGAUGAAAAAACUGUUCCUUCAACUUGUAGCUGAAUUUAAAAGACUCGGUUGUACUGUCAUCUAUGCUAAUUUCAACAAAAUUGUGGUGUGUUCGAAAAGGAAAAAUGUCGAAGAUGCAUUAGCAAACGUUCAAUUUGUUGUGUCGUCUAUUAGAAAUAAAGAACUGUUUCACUCUUUGGAGAUUACUUACAGGCAAUGCUGGGAGCAACUUAUAUGGUUGGAUCCAGCAAAUUUUGGAGGAAUCAAAGGGAAACUGCCAGAAGAUAUGCAGAACGAUUCACAAAACGAAGAGACCAACGAAGACGAUGACGAUGACGAAAAUUACGGGGCGAUGAUAGAUAUGAACUGGAAUAUAGCCGAGCAACUACCGGAAGCCGCAAACUGUCGUAACAACUUUACUAUAGUGAUUGCAGGCUACUUAACCGCCAUCUACACUCACUUGAAGGAAAGGGAACAAACGUCCGUUGCCGUUCUAAGCCAGCCGUCGUUAGGACUGGGUGGUUAUGAAGACGUUGUAGAAUAUGCCAAGGAAUUGUUGGCGGGAGAAAUCAGUCAAACUUUAUUUCAAAUGACGGAAAAACUUAAUAACAGGUUACGGCCUCUACCGGACGGCACUAGCGCAGCGUUGGACUUCGUGAAGUCUAUCUGUCAUAUAUUGGGCUUAGAUCCUGCCUUACAAGAUGCUGUUAACGUUUUGAAGAGCAAUCUGCUGCGACUUAUAGGUGUUGGCGAGUUUUCUGAUAAGGCCGUUUGGCGUGAUAUGACGGUCUCUUACGUUAUACCACAGGUAAUAUGUAAGGCAUGCAACCAUUGCAGAGAUGUCGAUUUAGGUAGAGACCGACACAGGACCGAUACAGCUUGGAUUUGUCCGUUGUGCGAUACACCUUAUGAUAGCACAAAAAUCGAGUGCUUUCUUUUAGAAAUCAUUAGUAAAAAGUUUCUUGCAUAUAAUCUACAGGAUUUGCAGUGCAAAAAAUGUUCACAGAUUAAAAUGGAAAAUCUUAUUAAGCAUUGCCAAUGUGCCUCCGAAUUCCGAUGUUUGAUAUCAAGAACUGAUCUAAUAAAACUGUUGGAAACUUUUCUAUCGUUAGCGCAGAAAUAUGAUAUGCCAGCUUUGAGUGAAACCGUUGAGGACAGUUUGAAGCUUAUUUGUUAGUUUUCUUUUCUUGUUAUUCUAUUUACAUUUUAAAUACAACAAUGGCCUUUUUUAAAUUAAUUUGUAUUUUAUUUCCCU